UCAGGGCUCAGUUGCCUGAGAGCAACAGUGCAAUUCAGAUGGAGAAUCUUCUAGAUUCAGAUGGAGAAUCUUCUCUUCCCUCUGAAAAGCGUUAGUGCCACAUGGCUGAGCCCCAGCUCCACUGCCUGGGUGAUAGAUGUCACCCUUGGCAUCCUGUGUGGGCUGGGGCUCUUCCUCCUGCUCUGUCUUUUCCUCCAGAGCAAGCCACCCUCGGGGAAAAAGAGAACCGUCAGAGAGCAUCUACUGCAGAAGAAGGGGAGGAGCAAGAGCAGAAAGGCCAGCGUUCUGAAAGCUUGCAGAGACUGCCGGAAAGACCUGGAGGAGGUUCGGGAACUGAGUUUUCUUCUGAGAAGCCACAUGGGGAAGCUUCUUGUCACGGGUGGCUUCCAUCAAGGCCCCCCAGAUGAGGAGCGCAGACCAGCACCUGCCAGAGUCCACCGGCCAUGUGGGAAGCAAGUGCAAGAUGCUUCUCUCUCGCCCCCAUCGGCUCCCCUGGACCCUCUGACCGAGUGCCGUCUGCCUGUGGCCCCCACUCUGUCACCAGGACCAGUGACCUCCCCAGUUCCUGCUGGUUUGCAUUCACCCCUGGGUGGCUCUCUGACACCAGAGCCUCAUAUUCCUCCAGAACGCCCUUCACCCUGGCCUUGUGCCCCUUCCCCUCCCCCACCGUGCCCUCCUGAUCCCGUGGCCUGCCCCCCAUCUCUGCCAGCCCCCAACAUGGCUGCUCCUCAGUGUGACCUCACAGCCUUCCCACUGGGCAUGGUCUCCCCAGAACACCCCUCACUCCCACUUUGCUCUCCCUCCUCUUCCCCACCCUCUUCCCCUGACCCUGUGGACUGGCCCCCACCUCCUCCAGUCCCCAGCAUGGCUGCUGCCCAGUGUGGCCCCAUGGACUUCUCACUGGGCACAAUCCCUCCAGAACACUCAUCACUCCAACCUUGUGCCCCUUCUCCUCCUCCACCCUCUUCCCCUGACCCUGUGGACUGGCCCCCACCUCCUCCAGUCCCCAGCAUGGCUGCUGCUCAGUGUGACCCCACAGCCUUCCCACUGGGCACAAUCCCUCCAGAACACCCCUCACUCCAACCUUGUCCCCCCUCCCCUCCCCCACCCUCUCCCCCUGACCCUGUGGACUGGCCCCCACCUCCUCCAGUCCCCAGCAUGGCUGCUGCUCAGUGUGACCCCACAGCCUUCCCACUGGGCACAAUCCCUCCAGAACACCCCUCACUCCAACCUUGUGCCCCUUCUCCUCCUCCACCCUCUCCCCCUGACCCUGUGGACUGGCCCCCACCUCCUCCAGUCCCCAGCAUGGCUGCUGCCCAGUGUGGCCCCACAACCUUCCCACUGGACACAGUCCCCCCAGAACACCCCUCACUCCAACCUUGUGCACCUUCCUCUCCAUCAUGCCCCCCUGAUCCCGUGGCCUGCCCCCUACCUCUGCCAACCCCGAGCACGGCAUCUCCUCAGUGUGGCCCCACGGCCUUCCCACUGGGCACAGCCCCACAAAACUUGUCUGCACAGAGCAACCGCUGGUUGACCUCGCCUGUCCCAGCAAUCUCUGGCCUUGGCAGCUCGAGCUGCCCCAUCUCAGCUCUCUCCUGGUGGCAGACAGCUGUCGGAGCAUGGGGCCUGUCUGCCUCAUCACACAGCAAACCCCAGCAAGAGCAGCUUUCUCACCACCCACAAGAGGCACCACUGUGGGCGGGUGCCAUGCACAGGCAGGCGGAGGCUGGCAGUGCCCCCUCCAUCAGCCCUGCUGUGCAAACAGUGCUGGAGAUGCUGAUCACCAAGAGAACCCGGAAGCUGUGGGAGGAGAAGGCAGGGGUGGGGCUAGAACGCGCCCUGGACCCUCUCGGGAGUGUGUUGAAGUCACUGGGGGACAGAAAGGACACCACCACCCCACAGCCCUGCUGGGACAGCAAAGACGACCCAGAACAGCCAUCUGCUCCUCAGCAGCUCCCUUACUCCAAGGUCGUGGGGACUGACUUACAGCAGAAAUACAGCCAGCUCUUUUGGGGUCUCCCCUUUCUGCACAGCGAGUCCCUGGUGGCUGCUGUCAGGGCCCCUGGUUCUCCACCAGGGUUUCCCUGUGUCUUUUUCAAUGGACUCUCGAACUCCUUCCCGGUACAGGGUCCAUCUAAACUACCUCCACACUUUUUCCCACCCCGGCCACUGGCCCGCCGUGCGGCCCAACCCCAACCUUUGACUCAGACCCUGUCUCGGCCUUAUCCCCCACCUCUGGCUCCAGCCCAGGCCCAUCUCCUGCCAUGCUAUUCACCUCCAUUUAGGGCCGCUGGGCCAUCUUGCUCUGCCCUCCAGAAGGAGGGCCAAUUUUUUAUCCCAAGUGCUGUUCGACACCUGGAACAUCACCUUUUGAAAAAGCUAAAGGAAACCAGGAGAGCUUUACCUUCUGUGGUCAGAAAGUCUCAGAAAGUCUCUAGCCAGCUCCCUCCCAACAGCAGGGCCUACCAGGGCUGCAACCCCAUCUCUGACCUCCCAGAAGGCUUCACUGGUCUGAAGCUCCAGGACCAGCUGGAGCAACACCUUCAACAAAAGUUCAUACCACACCAGUAUGGACUGCCCCACAAGACCCAGCUCACUCCCGGUCGCUCACUGAUGCAGCCCUGGUGCAAACUGCCGAGGACUGUUCAAGCCCAGGGCAAGUGUGGGCCCUCCUGGCCCCUGGUGUCCACAGGUGACAGCAGCCAGAAGAUACAGAUGAUGUGGUCUGGGAACCCAGAAGAGUUCCAACCCGGGGAGAACUCAGGCCAGGAUCUGGGGCACUGUUGGGGGCCAGUCCUGAAAGCCUCACCCAGAGGUCCAGAAAGCUCCCUAGUGAGGACCCCAGCUAGCACUGCGAGGCUGACAGAACGGGACUCGAGGCUCCCCACAAGUGAGGCAGAAAGCAUCUCAUCAAGGAGCCCGGACAAGAAGCAUCUAGAAGACGUUCUCGAAGUGUACCUGAGCAGGGAGCUGGAGCACAGGGAUGACAGCGGGCUCCCCACGGGGGCUCCUCACUCCAGGCUGGCUUCUGGCCAUGACUGCGUCCUGCCUGAAAACUUCCAUACUCCUAUGGAAACUGGAAUUCCAGCAUCCUCGCAUGAUGGGGAAUCCUGUGAGAAAACCUUGCAGGAGCUUCCUCCCCUAGAUCGAGGCGUGCAGCAGGUGCUGGAAGGCGACUUUCAGAGCAUUCAGAGGGGGGACCCACCGCCGCCUGUCCUCAAGUCCAUGAAUCUUAAGUUGAGAACGACUCAACCCCUGCCCCUUCCUCAUCUCGCCUUUCCCUCCUUGGACACCCAUGGAUCUGGGGCCAACCCGACAGCCAAGGUAGUCAGUUUCCCCAGAGAACCUUCUGGGAGGACUCCAGGACAGAUGGCGACGGAGGCAGCCUCCACGCUGAAAACAGUUCCCCCUGCUGCCCCGCCUGCAAGUAAGGAAGUCCAGGACACCCUGAGCCAGGCACCCUCUGGGCCCUCGGAGGCCUCUCCCAUGAGACAGAGGGCCGGGUGUCCUUCCCAGCCCCUCACAGGCUUUGAAUGCAGAGCCCAGCACAGUAAGCCUGUCUCAGGGGCUGGGAGAGCCAGCCCAGAGCUAAGCCCAGGUCCAGCCCUGGCCAGGGGUGGGCCACAACAGGGGAGUGAGCGUGGCGCCAGCAGCAGAAUGACGCUGGAGUCCAGGGGAGAACCCUGCUCAUCGAUAGCCAGGGGGAUCGAGGAGACAGUGAAGGCUAACGAGGGGACGACCCCUACCUGGAGGCUUCAUCCUGGGGACCAGUCACCCCAAGCCGUCUCGGGAGCCCAUGUGGUGGCAAGCUCCCCAGCUGCAAAUGUCACUCUGUGUGGGUCAGGGUCUCAGCAGACCAGAAAAGGCCCCCCACUGUCUAGAAGCCUUUGUGCCCUCAAACCCCUCGGGUCAUUGAGGGCUGUCCCCCGACAAUGCCCGGUGGUCUGCCUGGAGGAACAGAUCAUUGACGAGUCUGAACAAGAAGAGGAUUUAUGCUCAGAGGGCCAGCCUGAAGACCCUGCCCUCGACACCCUCCUUCCUGGCUGUGUCAUUGGCACACCCCCUCGCACGAGCACUCCUGAGGUGCUCCUGCACAGGGACAUGUCUGCACCCCCUCAGACCGCUCUGCCCAGCUUCCUGAGCCUCAGCAGCAGUAGCACAUCGGCUUCCUCAGAGCCAAGUGACCUCUCUGGAAGGGCAAGGAGCAGCCAGGGGCAGCAGGCGCCCAGCCCCCCAAAACUUCAGCACCAACUGAAGAGUCAGACCAAGAUGUCUUGCCCUCCUGAGAACAGUGGGGGCUGUAGAAGGCCCAGGCCAGGAGGGCAGGAACGAAGUCUGGUGGGACCUCAGUGCCCCCAGGCCACCCGACACCAGGCAGGUGGAACAAGCCACCCUGCACCAGGCAGGCAGGCAGAAGAGCUUCAAAGAAGCAAGCCCUCCCCGGUGCUGCCGCACAGAGGGAGAGCUCCUGCAGAAAACUCCUUUGGGAACAAGAUAAAGCAAUUUCUACAAAAGGUUUUCCUGGAUAAGGAUAAAGAGACAAGGCAGGAAAAACCCUUGCAGAAAGGCCCAGCUGCAAGGGCCCCUGCUCUGGGUCCACAGCAAGUCACAGACAUGUGGCCCACAGACAAGGAGGUGGCUAAAGCCUAUGCGCUCACAACUGCCAUUGACCAGAUUCUGGAGACCAAGCUUUCUAUCUGCAAGGCGAGCUCACACAGAGAGGAACUCCAGGUCUGUGGGGGUGCUCAUUCCUCUUCCUCAGAGCAAAGGAGACAGGUGAGUGCUGCCAGCUGCAGUCACCACACUGCCCCCAGGGGCCACAGCUGUCCCAUCAAGAGCUGCUGGAUCCAAGACAAGGACAGCAAGGGGGCCUCACCUGCCAGGCAGCCCGUGUACCCAGCCAGGCGCCAGCCGCAUGGGCCAUGGAGGCCAGCAGGCUUGGGCCGUCCUGUCCACUGUCCUAGACACUGUCUCCUACAGAGAAGGAUCUUAUCUGGCCCACCGGAGCAACUUCGUCAUGCUGUCCCUGCUGGGGGAACGCACUUACCCAGAUAACCGCAGCCCACAUCUCACGUGAGCACAACCUGUGUGCCAAUGCUCACUCCCACCCAUUCCUUGAUUCCUAAUACACAUGUUUGCUC